CGCUGGACCGACAGACUCUCCACACGUGUUUUUACGGCGGAACGUUCUAUCGAAAUGCAUGUAAAUAAUGCACGCGCGUGCGUUUCGGAACGUAUCGGUGCGCGCGCGGGAAAAGUUUGGCAGGUGACGUUUGAUACGCGCGGAUUUGUUUUUUUUUAAUCGGCUGACUGUGGACUGUGGCGUGCUUUGACUGGAAGGUGGAAUUUUGGUGAUUUUUUUAUACGAAUAUAGUGUUUGUGCUCGAAUUGAAUUCAUGUUAUCGCAAUGUGAAUGAAAAUGUGUUUUUGAAUUGUAAUCGAAAGAAUUUUGCUGUUACAUUUUACUGCAUCGUUUCCGUUUUUAUUACCAACGUACUCAAUAGGAAAAUGUAUGUGAAGGUGUGGUAAAACUGAAAAAAAAGUACUGAUGUGAUUUAAAAAAAUAUUUGAAAAUGGAACACCCGGGCGGUUUUGCGUCAUCGCCUUGGGCCGCUAUGCUAGGGCAUGGCAUGCAUGGAAUGAUGCAACAUGAUUAUGCGCAUGGGCACACACAUGCGUCCAUGCCGAUGGAUCUGCAUGUGCCGCAGGCUUUCCCUUAUUAUCGGUACCGAGAUGACGCGCUCUGUUGGUCGGAAAGGAAACCAUCUGUAGAUGGUGUUGGGAACGCUGCCUCCGUGAAUAGUCGAUAUUUUGCACAAGAGAACUGCAUCCUCGAGCUACGGAAAGAGAAGAGCAGAGAUGCAGCUCGAUCACGCCGCGGGAAGGAAAACUAUGAGUUCUACGAGCUCGCGAAGAUGCUGCCACUUCCAGCGGCCAUCACCAGCCAGCUGGAUAAGGCAUCGAUCAUCCGGCUCACCAUCAGCUACCUCAAGUUACGUGACUUCUCCGGACAUGGUGACCCACCAUGGAGCAGGGACACUCCGCCCACUAGCAAAGCCUUGAAAGGUGCUCAAAAUAGGAGAACAGCUGCUGGAAUGGCCAUGGAGUUGUUCGAGCAGCAUCAGGGCACUCACAUACUUCAGUCUCUCGAUGGAUUUGCGCUGUCUGUGGCGGCUGACGGGAGGUUCCUGUACAUAUCUGAAACUGUGUCUAUAUAUUUAGGAUUAUCACAAGUAGAAAUGACUGGUAGUAGUAUAUUCGACUACGUUCAUCAAGCUGAUCACGCUGAAAUAGCAGAGCAACUAGGGUUGUCUCUAGCAGGGAGGGGAGGUGCAGGAUUGAAUAGCCCAGCUUCAGGGAGUGAAGAGGGAAGUCAGCAUGGCACUAACAACCCUGAUGUAUCAGCACAAAUGACGUUAGCAGCAAGCGGCUCCCUGUAUCGCGGUAUGGACAGAGCCUUCUGCGUCAGAAUGAAGAGCACGUUAACGAAACGGGGUUGCCACUUCAAAUCUUCUGGAUACAGGGUUGGAAGAAGCAAGGAGGGUGAUACGGCAAGAUACGGAGAGGGUGGUAACUGGCGGGUGGUCCUCAUGCUCUGCAGACUACGGCCCCAAUACACCUUCUCUCACAGUCGGAAGUCUCCUCCAGCCCUCCUUGGGAUGGUGGCUCUGGCGAUCGCGCUACCACCACCGUCAGUUCACGAGAUCAGAUUGGAGUCUGAUAUGUUUGUUACGAGAAUCAACUUCGAUUUUAGGAUAGCCCACUGCGAGCCCAGCAGGGUACAAGAAUUGCUUGGAUAUACGGCAGAAGAGUUAACGGGAAAAAAUCUAUAUGCACUGUGCCAUGGAGAGGACGCCAACAAACUAAGAAAAUGCCAUGUAGAUUUAAUGAACAAAGGGCAGGUCCUGACGCACUACUAUAGAAUAAUGAACAAACUUGGUGGCUAUACCUGGAUGCAGACUUGUGCUACCGUCGUUUGCUCUUCAAAGAACGCUGAAGAACAAAACAUUAUUUGCGUCAAUUAUGUUAUUAGUGGUCGAGAGUAUCCCAACACAGUAAUGGAUUGCUGUCAGCUAGAAGAAAGUGUACAAGGUGUGAAGAGGGAAGAAACUACUGGUGAUCCAGAAAAUGGUCCCCCAGAUGCUGAUGCUCCGGGUGCACCUCCACCUACAGCGAGACACGCCAAUGAAAGAACCGAAGCUCCAUCCAAUAAUGAUUCCGCUUCAACCGCCCCACCAACAUCCGACGUUACUCACCUUACUAGACUGAGUGACACCCAACCCUUACCCCUUCACACAACACCAGACAGAACAUCUCCAAUGCCUGCUCGAAGACUGAAAAAGCGAAAGCACACAACAGAUGAAGAUGAAGGUGAUAGAGAGGAAGAGAGACGGAAGAGUUCUUCAAAUCCAGGCGCAACUAUAUCACCAGUUGAACGCGAUAUGACAAAAACUUCCCUUGCUAUGCCCGAAAAUACUGACGCGACAUCAGUAAGAGACUUAGAAAAUGCCAUGUCAAAGCACUUACCGGCCUUAGAUGGCAAAGAAAUUUCUCACAGACCAACGGAUUUCUCAACGGACGCUUUGCUUAAACAACAGCAACAGAAAUCGACUAUACAAUGGAUAGGAACACAAAAUCAUCCUCUAAAUCAUCUCAACAGGCAAAUACCUGGGAAUCAUUCGUCCACACCCGCUUCCGCAUUACUAAGACAGCUAUACGCUAACAGGGAGAGUGUUAUCAGAAGCAAUUUCUUAGGAGAUGCGAGAACGGGUGGAUAUUACUCCGGCGAUGGCCAAUCUGGUCCUCUGCCCACACCUCCAGGAAGUGAAGGAUCGGGCUACAGCGAACAAUUGGGGCACAAGGGUACUGAUAUAGGUUCCUUAGCGUAUGGUAGUUACGCAGACUAUCAUUCUGCGAUGACUCCACCCGGUUCGGUUUCACCUCGAGACAAACAACAGUACGCCCUGCCAUACGAUAAUAAUGCGUAUUCCGAAGCGCUAAGGCACUCCUAUUUGAGUGACACCACAUUGCCAUUAAAACCUCAAGCGUAUUCCGCUGUCCCUGGCGCAUUAGAUUAUGCGUCAUCGUUAGACCAGUCGCAGUUUUUCCAUCCGGCACCAUCGUUCCAUCUCUAUCACCCACAAGCGCAUUCCGCACAUCCAUCUCACUCGCACCAACCAGUAGACAAAUCAGCUCCACCAAAUACUAAUUGGUAUUCAGCUAGUUCAUAGCUAUAUUGAUAACAAACUUUCACAGUAGCGUCCAAGUACAUUCCCAAUAUGUUGGUUUAUCGAACGAAUUGCUCGUUUAUAACUCUAUAAAAUCGUGGUUGUGUAAAUAAUUUAUUUUAUAACAUUCCAAUUUAGAUAUAAUUUACGGAAAGACUUCAUCAAUACUCAUAUGAAGAACUGUGUCGUUUUACAGUAACUAUGGUUAAACGAAAUAUGAAUAAAAUUUUACGCAACAUUUCUCUAUACAUUUAGUGAAUGAUUGCUACAGAAGUAGCCCUUACCGUAUAAUAUUGGCUAUACUAGAUAGAUAAGCUAUUUAUAUAGCUUCUUGCAUAUCAUUUUAAAACAUAACUUAAGCUUCUGUAAAUGAAUGUACAAUAGUUAGCACCUGACUGUACUUAGAUUUUUAUUCUAAUCGCGUAAUGUAAUUUGUAAAUUAUAGUAGAUUCGUAAGUCCUGUAUAUUAUUUUAUUCGAAAUAAGAUUUCAUUGUACAUACGUUGUUUAAAAUAGCAUUUUAGUUUUUUGACAAUGCUCAAAGACUUCUGUUACGUUCUCUUGUUAGGUUAUUAUUAUAUUUAAUUUAAAAUUUGGAUACGUUCGCCGUAAUUAAUGAAUUUGUUACAUCGAAGCCUCUCUAAGCAAUUUAAAUUAUUUUUUACACCUAACGUGACCUAAUGUAUUGUCAUGACAAAUAUUAUUAUGAAAUACUCAUUUGUUUACAUUCCAUGUUAUAGUUUUUUGUUUCGCAACAGUUUGUUGUCUUAUUUUAUACAACUGAAUGAAUAUUUAGGCGUUGAAUUUAAUGCUAUCGCGUGCAAUAUGAAGUUAUUGAUUUCAAUAAAGGGCUUCGUUAAUAUAUCGUAAUUUAAGAUAUUAUAAAAUUGUAAAGUUGUAAUUAAUUGGUAUCUAUUAAGUAUGUAUCGAAAUUAUCUGUUGUUUGCGUUCAAAUUACGAACUGACGAUUUUUUUUUUAUUAUUUUACAUGGAGAAGAAGUGAAUUU